CUAACAAACGAAAAGCCAGAUGUAAAUCUGACGGUUAAGAUAUCAAAUUCGGGAAGAACCCGCAAGAUUUUUCCCGAACUGUGCAGAACCGUCUACCGCUUUCCAGAAAGUUCUGGUUGCAGAAAAUCGAAAGCUAUAAAACGAGUUUCAUAUCCCAAAUUGUAAGGCAAUCUGAAGUAAAAUCGUUCAAGAAGCUAAAUUUGAUCGGUUAUAGCAUUGAAAUUUUCUGCUUUCUGUUUUCUGGUUUCUGUGAGAUUUGAGUGGAGUGGUGAGUAUGGCAAAGGGCGGAGGAAAGGCAGUGGGAAUUGACCUCGGGACUACUUACAGUUGUGUUGGAGUAUGGCAGCAUGAUCGUGUGGAGAUCAUUGCAAAUGAUCAGGGUAAUAGGACUACACCGUCCUAUGUGGCGUUUACUGAUACAGAGCGGCUUAUCGGUGAUGCUGCGAAGAAUCAGGUCGCCAUGAAUCCUACUAAUACUGUUUUUGAUGCCAAGAGGCUCAUCGGGCGGCGACUUUCUGAUCCUUCUGUGCAGGGUGACAUGAAGCUCUGGCCUUUCAAGGUUGUGGCUGGCCCUGGUGAGAAGCCUAUGAUUAAGGUGACUUUUAAAGGCGAGGAGAAGCAGUUUUCUGCAGAGGAGAUUUCUUCCAUGGUGCUCAUCAAGAUGAAGGAGAUUGCAGAGGCUUAUUUGGGGCAAACUGUUAAAGAUGCUGUUAUUACUGUUCCGGCCUACUUUAAUGACUCGCAGCGGCAGGCCACGAAGGAUGCUGGUGUUAUUUCGGGGCUCAAUGUGAUGAGAAUUAUUAAUGAGCCUACUGCAGCCGCCAUUGCUUAUGGUCUGGAUAAGAAGGCUUCUUCUGUAGGGGAGAAGAAUAUUUUGAUCUUUGAUCUUGGCGGAGGGACCUUUGAUGUGUCGCUCCUGACAAUUGAGGAGGGGAUUUUUGAGGUCAAAGCUACGGCUGGUGAUACGCAUUUAGGAGGCGAGGAUUUUGAUAACAGAAUGGUGAAUCAUUUUGCGCAGGAGUUUAAGCGAAAGUAUAAGAAAGAUAUUGGGGGAAAUGCUAGGGCUUUGCGGCGGCUGAGAACGGCUUGCGAGCGGGCGAAGCGGACGCUUUCUUCGACUGCGCAGACGACAAUUGAAAUUGAUUCGCUCUAUGAAGGUAUUGAUUUCUAUUCUACUAUUACCAGAGCGAGAUUUGAAGAAUUGAACAUGGAUCUGUUUAGGAAGUGUAUGGAGCCUGUGGAGAAGUGCCUGAGGGAUGCCAAAAUGGACAAGGGAAAUGUCCACGAGGUUGUGCUGGUCGGGGGUUCGACUCGCAUCCCCAAAGUGCAGCAGCUUUUGCAGGAUUUCUUCAACGGGAAGGAGCUUUGCAAGAGUAUAAACCCUGAUGAGGCCGUCGCUUAUGGAGCGGCUGUCCAGGCGGCGAUUCUGAGUGGCGAGGGUAACGAAAAGGUGCAGGAUUUGCUGUUGCUUGAUGUUACUCCGCUCAGUUUAGGGCUUGAGACUGCCGGCGGCGUGAUGACAACCCUCAUUCCGAGGAACACGACGAUUCCGACCAAGAAAGAGCAGGUUUUCUCCACUUAUUCCGACAAUCAGCCUGGGGUUUUGAUCCAGGUCUACGAGGGCGAGCGGGCUCGAACUCGGGACAAUAAUCUGCUCGGGAAAUUCGAACUCUCCGGCAUCCCGCCUGCCCCCAGGGGAGUGCCGCAGAUCAAUGUGUGCUUCGACAUUGACGCGAAUGGAAUUCUGAAUGUCUCGGCAGAGGACAAGACCGCCGGCGUGAAGAACAAGAUCACCAUUACCAAUGACAAGGGGCGGCUGAGCAAAGAGGAGAUCGAGAAAAUGGUUCAUGACGCCGAGAAAUUCAAGGCCGAGGAUGAGGAGCUGAAGAAGAAAGUUGAGGCCAAGAAUUCUCUGGAAAAUUAUGCCUACAAUAUGAGGAAUACAGUCCGGGACGACAAGUUUGCCGGAAAGUUGGAUCCCGCGGACAAGCAGAAGAUCGAGACGGCCGUCGACAAGGCGAUUGAGUGGCUGGACAGCAAUCAGCUUGCAGAGGUGGAUGAAUUUGAAGACAAAUUGAAGGAGCUUGAGAGCCUCUGCAAUCCAAUUAUUGCGAAGAUGUACCAGGGAGCUGGCGGCGGUCCCAUGCCGGACGAGUUCCCGACUGGAGGCUAUGGCGGCGGAGCGGCAGAAUCCGGCAGCGGUGCUGGCCCCAAGAUUGAAGAAGUGGACUAAGCUGCCAGGGUUUUUUCUGCUCUGGUUUUUUGGUUUAUGUUUGUUGAAGUGUUCUAAUUAUGGCAACUUCUGUGUUUGUUUUUCUUCCCCCAAGUGAGGGUAAGACAAGUAUAAUCUUCAUUGUUGUUAGGUUGAAACUUACUUGGUAUUUAGAUAUAUGAGCCAAAGUUUUGUAUACUCCCUACAGGAGAAGCUAGUGUAUAAAUGUUAAUAAAAACUAUAUAUAUUUUUCUCAAAUGUUGUGUUCUUCUA